ACAGAAAUGAAUGAACAGUUAAGCGCCAAGGAGAAGAAGAAAGAAAGUAUUGCUGAAGUUCGAAAAUCAUUGCCAAUAUUUGCGUAUAGACAAGAUCUGUUGAACGCCAUUGAAGAACACCAGGUUCUGAUUAUUGAAGGGGAAACAGGGAGUGGGAAAACGACUCAAAUUCCUCAGUAUUUAUACGAGUCUGGUUAUUGUAAGGGGGAUAUCAAGGUUGGAUGUACACAGCCCCGCCGAGUGGCAGCGAUGUCGGUAGCAGCGAGAGUAGCGGAGGAGAUGGGAGUAAAAGUGGGAGCAGAGGCGGGGUAUUGCAUCCGAUUCGAGGAUUGUACAUCGGAGAGGACGAGGAUCAAAUACAUGACAGACGGGAUGUUACUGAGGGAGUUUUUGACAGAACCUGAUUUAAAAGGUUACAGUGUUAUAAUGAUCGACGAGGCCCAUGAGCGAACUUUACACACUGAUAUUUUGUUUGGUUUGGUAAAAGACAUAGCAAGAUUCAGACCUGACCUUAAAUUACUGAUCAGCAGUGCUACGUUGGAUGCUGAGAAAUUUUCAACGUUUUUUGAUGACGCGCCGAUAUUUCGAAUCCCUGGCCGCAGGUUUCCUGUUGAUAUUUAUUACACCAAGGCACCUGAAGCCGAUUACUUGGACGCAUGUGUUGUGUCUGUGUUUCAAAUCCAUCUUACCCAACCACCUGGUGAUGUUCUUAUAUUUCUAACUGGACAAGAAGAAAUUGAAUCGUGUUGUGAAAUGAUGCAGGAGAAAGCUCGUUCCCUUGGCUCUCGCAUCCGUGAGUUACUCGUCCUCCCAAUAUAUGCAAACCUACCUUCAGAUAUGCAAGCUAAGAUAUUUGAACCAACACCACCUGGUGCAAGGAAGGUUGUCGUGGCAACAAACAUAGCGGAAACUUCACUAACAAUAGAUGGGAUUGUUUAUGUCAUAGAUCCCGGGUUUUGUAAACAGAAUAAUUACAAUGCAAGGACAGGAAUGGAAUCUCUUGUAGUUGUACCAUGUUCAAAGCAAUCAGCGAACCAACGUACAGGUAGAGCAGGUAGAGUAGGUCCCGGUAAAUGCUUUAGGUUAUAUACAGCAUGGGCGUACAUGCAUGAACUUGAAGACUCCACUACACCAGAGAUACAAAGAACUAAUCUUGCCAAUGUUGUGUUGUUGUUGAAAAGUCUUGGAAUAAACGAUCUGAUUCACUUUGACUUCAUGGACCCCCCACCUCACGAAACCCUCGUACUUGCUCUCGAACAACUUUACGCUCUCGGAGCUCUCAACCACUUGGGGGAGCUAACGAAGCUCGGACGACGAAUGGCAGAGUUUCCCGCUGACCCGAUGUUGUCGAAAACUAUUCUCGCUUCGGAGAAAUACAAAUGUUCGGACGAGAUACUGACAAUAGUGAGCAUGCUGUCAGUGAACAGUUCAAUAUUUUACCGACCAAAAGACAAGAUGGUUCACGCAGAUAACGCUCGUCUGAAUUUCCAUUUACCGGGAGGCGACCAUCUUUCUCUCAUGAAUGUUUAUAACCAGUGGGCAAACACUGACUUCAGCAUUCAAUGGUGUUUUGAAAACUUUAUCCAACAUCGAUCUUUAAAACGAGCGCGAGAUGUUCGGGACCAACUUGCUGGUCUCAUGGAGAGAGUUGAGAUCGAACCAACGUCUAGUGGAGGAGACAGUGUUGCCAUAAGAAAGGCGAUAACAGCUGGGUUUUUCUACCACACUGCCCGACUAACUAAGUCCGGUUAUAAGACGGUUAAACAACAUCAGACAGUUCAUGUUCAUCCUAACAGCAGUUUAUUUGAAGAACAACCACGAUGGAUGGUUUAUCAUGAACUGGUGUUUACUACAAAGGAGUUUAUGAGGCAAUGCAUUGAGAUAGACAGCGCGUGGUUAUUAGAGGUUGCCCCUCAUUAUUAUAAGAACAAAGAAAUUGAACAAGAAACUCGUAAGAUGCCACGGAAGCAAGGAAAAGCUGCCGAAGAACUGGGAUAGAAAUCUUAUAUAUUGCAAUGGAAAUAUAAUAUGAAUGUAUGGCCAGAUGGUGGCGCUGUCAAGGUAGAAAUCUCGAAGAUUUGCGGUUAUAUUAUGAUGUCUUAAUCAUAAUUGCAUUAUCCAUUGUUUCAGACAAUGAUCUAAAAAUAGGAUCUUUAAAAUUCUUGUGGAAUUUUUAAUAAAUAUUCUAAUAUGAUCAUUCUUUGCUUUGUACAUGGUAGCUUCCAGUAGUGCUUGUUGUGUUUCCAGUGGAUUUGGUUUGGCCUUAAACUGUAGCCUUUUGGCUUUUAUUAUAAUCAUGUAAGUUGUAUAUUUAA